CUGUGGUGGGUGUGCAGCGCUGCCGCAGUCGCCUGCCGGCGGAAACUUGGUGGACUCGUCGGUGGUGUUAGGGCCGGAGGAUGCUCUCGAGGCGGCAGAAGAUUUGUCGUGGUCGCGCAAAUGGUUCCACUCAAGCGCGAAAUAGGCAAACGGGUUGAGCACCAUCAGCUGAGCAGGCGCAAAGAGGUAGAUGUAGCCGGCGAGUUGGGGAAAGAGGGUUUUCACUAUACGCACGGAGCACAUGAUCGCGGAUGUCCGAUGGCCGGCGGCAUGAGGUGGUGUGACAAUAGUGAGUGGGGAAGACGGCGAAAGAGGGCAUUGGAGGGUCAGAUGAGAUAUGGUACAGCAAGCACACGCAUCGAAAGUCAGCACCCGAGACUGAGAGGCCAGCAGAACUUUGACCGCCCAGGGGUGCUUCAAGCAAAGCCGAUCCAAUUCUGCCUCUCGAGGCUACAGUUGACGCUUUUACUUCAACGCCCCAACUGCACAAGCAAUGGUCGCUUCACUUCUCCUGUAAAAGUGUCUCUGAUCAGCCGAAACACACUCUAG